UUAGGAAACUGAGCGCCGUGGGCUCGAAGGCGCGCCCUUCCUCCGCCAUCUUGGCUCAAGCGGCUAGAGGAGCGUCUGCGGAAACAUCCGGGGAAUCGCGCGCACAUCGGCGGCCAUUGUGGCUCCGCGUGCAGCAGGUUCAUAACCUUGAGAAGGCGGAGCGUCAGCGCGCUGGACUGGAGCAGCAGCGGAGCGGGAGGAGAGACGCCGAGGCGACGAAGAGCCGCAGAAACCGUUACACGGGCAGCGCUGCUUUACCUCACCGCUUUAACGGGAGAUCAGGGCGUGUACCGGCGCGUCUAACGGACAAUGAUGAGCGCAGUCGGACGGGAACCGGAGCGGCAGCGGCGUUGAGCGCGUUUUCAUGUCUGAGGCGGAUCGUCGGGAUCUCGAGCGCAUCAGCGCGUGUUUUUUAUUUUUUCAUUUUUUCGGCCGCUCGCGUCACUUUGACAUUUAUUAUAUGAUUCCCGGAGCGUUGCGACCUGAAUCCCGGAGCGUUGAUUUCCCCUGACAUCAUCAUCCUCGGCCGGUGUGAACGGACGUCUUCGGUGGUCGUCGACGGGAAUCCGGAGGGUUUACUGGAUCCGGGUGUCGGUUCUGACAUUCGCGGCGCGUUUCUGAGGGACAGCGGAUCUUUUCCCGCGGAUCUGUCGGCGGGAGUAACGGUACCGUUAUGGCUGACGACGACGUGCUGUUCGAGGAUGUGUACGAGCUCUGCGAGGUGAUCGGGAAGGGUCCGUUCAGUGUGGUGCGAAGAUGCAUCAACAGAGACACUGGACAGCAGUUCGCUGUGAAGAUUGUAGAUGUGGCCAGUUUCACCUCCAGCCCUGGACUCAGUACAGAGGAUCUGAAGCGGGAGGCGAGUAUCUGUCACAUGCUCAAACAUCCUCACAUCGUGGAGCUGCUGGAGACCUACAGCUCAGACGGGAUGCUCUACAUGGUCUUUGAGUUUAUGGAUGGAGCCGAUCUGUGCUUCGAGAUCGUGAAGAGGGCCGAUGCCGGCUUCGUCUACAGCGAGGCGGUGGCCAGUCACUACAUGCGGCAGAUACUUGAAGCUCUGCGCUACUGCCACGAUAACAACGUCAUUCACAGAGACGUCAAGCCUCACUGUGUCCUGCUGGCCUCUAAGGAGAACUCGGCUCCUGUUAAACUGGGCGGCUUCGGCGUGGCCAUUCAGCUGGGCGAGUCAGGGCUGGUGGCUGGAGGUCGGGUAGGGACCCCUCACUUCAUGGCUCCUGAAGUGGUCAAGCGAGAGCCGUACGGGAAGCCGGUGGACGUUUGGGGGUGCGGGGUCAUUCUCUUCAUCCUGUUGAGCGGCUGUUUGCCUUUUUACGGCACCAAGGAGCGUCUGUUUGAAGCCAUCGUGAAAGGAAAGUACAAGAUGAACCCGCGGCAGUGGAGUCAGAUCUCUGAGAGCGCUAAAGACCUGGUGCGACGCAUGCUGAUGCUGGACCCGGCCGAGAGGAUCACCGUCUACGAGGCGCUCAACCACCCCUGGCUCAAGGAGAGAGAUCGCUACUCGUACAAGAUCCACCUGCCCGAGACUGUGGAGCAGCUGAGGAAGUUCAACGCUCGGAGGAAACUGAAGGGUGCCGUCCUCGCUGCCGUCUCAAGUCACAAGUUCAACUCGUUCUACGGAGACCCUCCUGAAGACCUCCACGAUUUCUCAGAGGACCCCACGUCUUCAGGAUUGCUUGCUGCAGAAAGGGCCGUGUCUCAGGUUCUGGACAGUCUGGAGGAGAUCCACGCACUGACCGACUGUAGUGAGAAAGAUCUGGACUUCCUGCACAGCGUCUUCCAGGACCAACAUCUGCACACACUGCUGGAUCUGUACGACAAGAUUAACACCCGCUCGUCGCCCCAGAUCAGGAAUCCACCCAGCGACGCCGUCCAGAGAGCCAAAGAGGUUUUGGAGACGCUCUCCUGUUAUCCUGAGAACAUGGAGGCAAAAGAGCUGAAGAGAAUUCUGACACAGCCGCAUUUCAUGGCGCUGCUGCAGACUCAUGAUGUUGUGGCUCAUGAGGUUUACAGCGACGAUGCGCUGCGAGUGACGCCUCCGCCCACGUCCCCUUACCUAAACGGAGACUCGCCCGAGAGCAUCAACGGAGACAUGGACCUGGAGAACGUCACGCGUGUGCGCCUGGUGCAGUUCCAGAAGAACACGGACGAGCCCAUGGGCAUCACUCUGAAGAUGAACGAUCUGAACCACUGCAUCGUGGCUAGAAUCAUGCACGGCGGGAUGAUCCACAGACAGGGGACGCUGCAUGUUGGAGACGAGAUUCGUGAAAUCAACGGCAUCAGUGUCGCCAAUCAGACGGUGGAGCAGCUCCAGAAGAUGCUGCGCGAGAUGCGAGGCAGCAUCACCUUCAAAAUUGUGCCCAGUUACCGCAGUCAGUCUCUGUCCUGUGAGAAAGAUUCGCCUGAUCUGUCCGGACAGUCUCCUGCGAACGGCCACUCCAGCGUCACCAGCUCCAUCUUAGAUCUGCCAUCAACCAUCCAGCCCAAAGGAAGACAGAUCUCCAGACCUGCAGUCAAGGAUAAAUUGUUUCGGAAGAUUUACGUUCGAGCGCAGUUCGAGUACGAUCCGGCUAAAGACGAGCUGAUUCCCUGUAAAGAGGCCGGCAUUCGUUUCCGGGUGGGUGACAUCAUCCAGAUCAUCAGUAAGGACGAUCAUAACUGGUGGCAGGGCAAACUGGAGAACACCAAGAACGGCACGGCGGGCCUCAUUCCCUCGCCGGAGCUGCAGGAGUGGCGUGUGGCGUGUAUAGCGAUGGAGAAGACCAAGCAGGAGCAGCAGGCCAGCUGUACAUGGUUCGGCAAGAAGAAGAAACAGUACAAAGACAAAUACUUAGCCAAACACAACGCAGUCUUCGACCAACUAGAUCUGGUGACGUAUGAAGAGGUGGUGAAGCUGCCGGGGUUCAAGAGGAAAACGCUGGUGCUGCUGGGAGCUCACGGCGUCGGCCGGAGACACAUCAAGAACACUCUCAUCGCAAAACAUCCCGACAGAUUCGCGUACCCCAUCCCACACACGACCAGACCUGCGAAGAAGGACGAGGAGAAUGGGAAGAACUACUACUUCGUGUCACAUGACCAGAUGAUGCAGGACAUCUCCAACAAUGAUUACCUGGAGUACGGCAGCCACGAGGACGCCAUGUACGGCACGCGCCUCGAGACCAUCCGCCAGAUCCACGAGCAGGGCAUGGUGGCCAUCCUGGACGUGGAGCCGCAGGCGCUGAAGGUUUUGCGGACGGCUGAGUUUGCGCCGUACGUCAUCUUCAUCGCAGCACCGACUAUCACUCCGGCGAUGAACGAGGACGAGUCUCUCCAGCGGCUGCAGAAGGAGUCGGAGGCGCUGCAGCACUCAUACGCGCAUUACUUCGACCAGACGAUCAUCAAUAACGAGAUCGACGACACCAUCCGCCUGCUGGAGGAGGCCAUCGACCUGGUGUCCAGCACUGCGCAGUGGGUGCCGGUGUCCUGGGUCUACUAGCCACACACACACACACACACACUGACGGACUCUACAUCCCGGCCCCUACCAGUGUGUAGCCUUGUAUAUAUCUAUACAUAUAUAAAUAUCUAUAAAUAUGAAUAUAUAAGUCAUAGAUAUGGUCCUGUAUGAAUAAAGAGGGGGGUUGAUGAUAUUUUAUAUGAUUUUCUUUUUAAACGUACGAGACGGCGUCUCAGAGCAAUGAUGAGCACAGUCAGUGAUGGGGGAGGAGCCUACAGCCAUAAGUCCCCUGAGGGCGUGGCUACGUGACUCCGCCCACUGCCUGCAGUAUAUAAGCACAGCCGACCCUCUCUCUCUCUCACACACGAGCACUGGACUGAACUGCCCUCCUGACGCCCGUUUCAUCCACCCUCUGUUUACAGAUGUAGGUUUGCACAAAGGGCAGCUCCGCUCUCUUCCUCUCGAUGUGUGUGUGUCUCCCGGUGAAGAGUGUCUGGAGGAGAUCAUCGAGCCGGACACACUCCGUCUCUGAACGGACAGCUUCCCUCAUGCCUCGUGUAGUGACGUGUUUGUAAAUCGUCCUGGGUUUGAUUUCUUGUGCGGAACGAGGAGGAAAAUAUUAAUUCCUAGAUCGAUCAUUUCAGAACAUGUGCUGUCUUAAGAGUAUUAUUGUUUUACUCCGAGAAAACCGAGAGGAUGUAAUUGUGUGUAAAUGUUUCAAUGGUGUGUACAUAUGCGGUUGAAAUGAAGUAGUGUGUGCAUAAACCACUGAACAGACUGUGAACUCUUCAUUUCAUAUGGCCCUGUGUAAAUCCUCUGCUCCUCAGUAUGUCUGUUUGUUUGGGGUUUUAUCUCUUUUCUUUCAUAUGUUGGAAAAAGUAAACUGCUUUUGAAAUCA